AUGGCCAGUGUAGUCGGUAUUGAUCUCGGUAACCUCUCAUCAAAGAUUGGUGUAGCUAGACACAGAGGUAUUGAUAUUAUCGUGAAUGAAGUAUCCAACCGAGCUACUCCCUCCCUCAUCUCCUUUACUCCCAGACAAAGACAUAUCGGUGAACCAGCCAAGACCGCCGAGACCUCGAAUUUCAAGAACACCGUUGGAUCACUCAAAAGAUUGAUCGGUAGAUCCCUCAGUGAUCCCGAGAUUGAAGAGUACGAGAAGAAGUUUAUCAAUGCUCAGUUGGUUGAUGUGAAUGGAAGUGCUGGUGUCAAGGUAAACUACCUCGGUGAACAAACCGAAUUCUCCUACACCCAACUUGUUGCUGCUUUCCUCGGUAAACUUCGAGAUACCGCUGCCAACGAGCUCAAACAAUCCGUUUCCGACGUCGUCAUCGCCGUUCCAGGAUGGUACACCGACGUUCAACGACGAGCGAUGCUUGAUGCCGCCAACAUCGCUGGACUUAACCCCCUCCGAUUAAUCAACGAUACCACCGCCGUUGCCCUCGGUUACGGAAUCACCAAAGCUGACUUGCCCGAAUCUGCCGAUGCCCCAAGACACGUCGUCUUCGUUGAUGUUGGACACUCCAACUACUCCGUCUCUGUCGUUGCCUUCUCCAAAGGUCAAUUAACAGUCAAGUCAACAGCUUACGAUAGACAUUUCGGUGGUAGAGAUUUCGAUUAUGCCUUGGUCCAACAUUUCGCCAAAGAGUUCAACGCUAAAUACAAGAUCGAUGUUCUCUCCUCACCCAAAGCCGUUUUCAGAUUGUCUACGGGAUGCGAACGAUUGAAGAAGGUCUUAUCUGCCAAUGCCGAAGCUCCUAUCAACGUCGAGUCAUUGAUGAACGAUAUCGACGCAUCGUCAUCAUUGAAGAGAGAAGAAUUCGAAAAAUUGACUGAUCACUUGUUAACAAGAGUUAACAACCCUCUUGCUGAAGCUUUGGAAAAAGCCGGUCUGGCCAUUGAUCAAGUUGAUGCUGUCGAAUUGGUUGGUGGAUCAACCCGAGUUCCAGCCAUCAAAGAGAGGAUUCAAGCUUUCUUCAAUGGUAAAACACUUUCUACCACUCUUAAUCAAGAUGAAGCUGUCGCCCGAGGAGCCACAUUCGCUUGUGCCUCUCUAUCACCUGUAUUCAGAGUGAGGGAAUUCGCCGUUCACGAUAUCGCCUCUUACCCCAUCAAGGUUCAAUGGGAGAAAGAAGCUGGAAACCCAGAUGAAGAUUCUGAAUUAAUCGUUUUCCCUCAAAAUAACCCUAUCCCCUCGACCAAGAUCUUGACCUUCUACAGACAAGGUCCAUUCGAACUUGAAGCUCAAUAUGCCGAACCUUCCUUGUUACCCAAGGGGACCAACCCAUGGUUAGGUAAAUUCACCGUCAAGAACGUUGAGAAGCCAACCAACGGUGAACAACUCGCUUGUGUCAAAGUAAAGACCAGAUUAAACCUCCACGGUAUAAUCAACUUUGAAGGUGCCUACAUCGUCGAAGAGGUUGAAAAGGAGGAAAUCGUCACUACCGGUGAAGGUGAUGAAAAGAAGGAGGAAAAGAAGUUGGUUAAGAAGAUUCAACGAAAGGGAGAUUGUGCGGUUGUAGGACAAUACUCUGGUUUAGUCAAGAACGUCGUUGAUGACUUGACUGAAAGAGAGGGUAAGAUGCAUGCUGAAGAUAAAUUGGUCAUGGAGACUGAGGACCGAAAGAAUGCUCUUGAAGAAUACGUCUAUGAGAUGAGAGGAAAAUUGGAAGACCGAUAUUCCGCCUAUGUGCAAUCUCAAGAGAAAUCCGAUUUACUCACCGGACUUCAAGAAGCUGAAGAUUGGUUGUACACUGAAGAAGGUGAAGAUGCCACCAAAUCAGCUUACGUUUCUCGACUUGAUGCUCUCAAAGUCAAAGGUGACCCCAUUGUACUCAGAUGGAAGGAAUCGGAGGAAAGACCUAAAGCCGCUGCUGCUACCCGAGAGGCACUCAACACUUACUUGAACGCCGCUCAAUCAGGUGAUGAGAAGUAUAGUCAUAUCCCUCAAGAGGACUUGCAAAAAGUUAUUGACGCUUCCGCCAACACACUCUCAUGGUUGGAGAACCAACUCGUCCGACAAUCUGAGAAACCCAAGAAUGUCAACCCUGUCGUCACCUCUGCCGAGAUCAACAAGCGAAAGGAAGAGGCUGUCUUCACCUGUGCCGGUAUCUUGAACAGACCUAAACCCAAGCCCAAGGCUGAAGUUCCUCCUACCUCCGGUACUGAAACUCCUAAGAAGGAAGAGGAGAAGAUGGACGUUGAAGGUGAAGGUGAAGGACCAAAGGUUGAGGAGAUGGAUGUCGAUUAG